UUCAGACACUUGCAAGAAUGUUUUAUUGCCCCAUCAUGCAACCUUCCCAACUCUCGCAUCCAAAAUACUGAAAUCGACUGUUUAGCAGAUACAAGCAAUCCAGUGCAUUCCAGCUCGUUAUCUGAGCAGAGCGUACACAGAGAGAGAAGACGAGAAGAGGCUGCAGUCGUGUCUUGUCUGCGGUGGAAGAAGGCGUCAUGGAAGGAGCACUGGCUUUUCAAACGGUGAUGAUAGUGGUGGUUGCAGCAUUUUGUGGAGCUGUGCCCAUCACUUCACCCAGCCAAGAAGAGCUCGCUAAAGCCCAGGAAUAUCUGUCUCAGUUUUUCUCUGAUGUGGGUGUCACUGCACCCAAAACUGUGCGGCGCAGCUCCCUCGACUCCUUUGACGACACUCUGAGAAGAAUGCAGGAGUUUUUUGGCCUGGACGUGACAGGGCACUUGGACUCUGGCACAAUGAAAGUGAUGUCUCAGCCCCGCUGUGGUUUCACAGACGCGGCCCGCUACAGCCACUUUGCUGGUCAACCAAAGUGGGAAAAGUCUGUGGUCACAUACAGGAUAGUUAACUACACACCAGACUUGAGUCACGAGGAAGUGGAUUCCGCCAUAGCCAAGGCUCUGAAAAUCUACAGCGACGUCAUUCCUCUGACUUUCAAGAAAAUCCCCAGUGGCACCGCUGACAUUAUGAUCUCUUUCAAGAGCGGAGACCACGGAGACUUUGCUGCAUUUGAUGGGGUGAGUGGAGUGUUGGCCCAUGCAUUCUCCCCUGGAGAAGGCCACGGAGGUGACACCCACUUUGAUGAAGAUGAAACCUGGACUCUUACCUCAGCAGGAUCCAAUCUGUUCUUGGUGGCAGCCCACGAGUUUGGCCAUGCAAUGGGAAUGGCCCACUCUCAGGUGGAGACGGCCCUGAUGUAUCCCUUAUACACAUAUGAGAACACAGAUGGUUACAAGCUGCCCGAUGACGACAAACAGGGAGUACAAGCUAUCUAUGGAAUCCGACCCACAACACCACCAACUGAAGAGACAACUCUACAGCCUACUAAAAGACCUGAGCCAAAACCAGAACCUGAACCAGACCCUGAACCUACACCAGAUCCCGAACCUUUACCAGACAGGUGCAGCAGGGACCUGGUUUUUGAUGCUGCAACCUCAAUUGGGAGAGGUCUUUACUUCUUCAAAGAUGGAUAUUUCUGGAAGAAGAGCAGCUCCUGGGACGGCAUCACAAUGAAGCAAAUUCAGUCUGUCUGGCCUGAAAUCAGCCACGUUGAUGCUGCUUAUGAGUAUAAGAAUACUGUUGUUGUUUUUGAAGGGGACCAUUACUGGAGGAUCAGUGGAAACGCUGUCCUAGCUGGUUAUCCCAAACCUCUCAGAGACUUUGGCUUCCCUCCAUGUGUCAAAAAGAUAGAUGCUGCAGUUCAUGAGCCAUUCACAGACAAAACCCUCUUCUUUGUGAAAAGGGAAAUAUGGCGCUACAAUGAAAGGAGGGAAAGGAUGUAUUCUUCGUACCCAAGAUACAUAAAGGUAGAGGUGCCUGGGAUCACCCGUGUGGAUGCUGUUUUUGAGAAUGAAGGUUACCUGUACUUUUCAUAUGGAUCCACACAGAUAGAGUACGACUACACGCGAAGACGAACCAUCCGCACUCUGUCAAACAGUGACUGGAUGGAUUGCGAAUAAAGAAACAACAAUGCACAUGGUCAGCACGGCUGUAACGAUCCAUCACAUUCGUUUCACUGUACUGUCACAUUGAGACACACAUGUACACAAACAUUAAGUAUGCAACAAAGCAAUGGCCUGUACCAUUAACUCCUCUCGAGUUAUUGUAGCAUCGAAGAAGAAAUCUGCUGCACACAAGUAGAAUAAUCAAAUAUUAUGAAAAAAUGUGUAAUGCUUUAAGCGACAAGUGCUUGUUUUUUUAGUUACUUUUUUGAUAUACGUCAAUAAACAUGACUCAAGAUUA